AUGUUUAUUCUGCCCAACCACUCUUCUGUAGUUCUGCUUGAGUAUAGACAUUUGGCAGAAGCUUUGCAUAAUCACACUGAUGUUGGACUCGGGCCUACAGUUCUGGGUCAUCUAUUCAAGAACCUGCACACUGCCACCCUGGAGUAUCCGCUAAAUUUGUCUGCCCCUGGUGCAUUCUGGAUGAUUCAGAUCUGGCUGCAGCCACUGUUGUCGGCAGAAGUCCCCAAGAGGUCGAUUGAUGAGUACCUGAUGUUCUUCAGACAUUGUACCAAGAGGUCUGCAGCGCAGUGGCAAGUGGUGAUCAGGAGAACCUAUCCUUGGUUUCAACCUGGAUACCGUUUGUUUGAGAAGGAGCCAGAAGAAGAAUCUGCCAAAACUGAUUUCAGGAAGAAGUUCCUGAGUGUGACCUUGCCCAGAGAUCUGCCUCAUGGAGGUGGAAAGCCUCCAAAUUAUCAUUUGGGGGCAGAAGUUUACCAUCCCAACGUCUGUGCAAGGCAGCUUGGCUGUCCUCAGCUUAUACCCCUCAAGUCAUACAAAAGCUGCAAUCGAGGCUCUUCUUGGAGGGAUGCAGAUGACUUAGAGGUCCACAAAGAUGCCAGGUGCGCAGUAAAUAAGAUUAACAAUAGUGCCGAUGCCCUUUAUCCUUCAUGGGAACUGAAUUCCUGCAGUUCUGCGGAGUUUGAUGCUUGGUGGAAGGCCAGAUUUCGUGAUCUGCCUGCUUCUAGUACCGCACUUCAGGUUCUUUUUAAGGGUUGGGACAACUGGACUGUCCACACAGACGAGGAGACUCAUAAAUUCAUGGUGCAGACCAUCAAAGACAUUAAUCUGCAAGUUAUAGAAGAUCCUUCUUUGACAAAGAAUAUUGGUAGCCAACCUGCCCAGAGCGGAGAGGUGUUUGUUAAUUCUGUUAUUGCUGCUGGGGAUUUGGAGCUGCCCUCCAGGGAUGGAGAAGAGGAAGAAGAAGAAGAGGAAGAAGAUCAGGUAGAACAGACUCCUGUCGAGGCCACUUCUCCUAUUAGAAGAAAAAGAAAAGAAAUUGCCCAACUUGUGACUCCAGCUGGGAGUCCCUUUCCUCCCCCUACUAAGUCAAAAAGACUUAGAAAGAAGACUGUAGAAGAAUAUGUGGCCCCGGAGGGAACUAGGGCAGUUCCUACCACCACUUCUGGCACGGAUGACAAUCUGAGAGAGGCUUUCGAAGCUGUGGAGCAGGAGAAGGAGCUGGAAGAGCUAGAAGAAGUAGGAGAGGGGCCUCAAGAGAAGGCCAAGACAGUGGAAGAAGAGGAGGAAAUUCCUGCUGAGGUAAUAGCGGAGAGGAUUGCCUUGGCUCGGAAGCAGCAGGAAGAUAUAGGGGCAGAGCUAACUAACUCAGAGUUGGCCCUGUUUGAUGAUCCAGAGGCAGAACAUUCUAAUGUUGUUCCAGCAGCUGAGGAUCAGGCGGAGCAAUCUGGAUCAGAGCCUGUGGAGCAGGCAGAACAAGUGGUUGCUGCUCCUGAAACCGUAGUGAAAGUGGCUGCUGCCGUUCCUAGCUUUAUGGUAGAAAUACCAAAAACUGUUGGGACCUUGGCAGUGAGGACCACCUCCUUGCAACCUCCGAUUGUUGCUGUAAGUUCAUCUGCCACGGCCUCUUUUGCUGAUCCGGAGCUGGCAGAAUUCGAAGCCAUGGACCUAGCUGCCCAGCUGGACAAGUUGGAAAAGCUCAGCUCCCCUGUAGGCAAGAUAAAGUCCAAGGCAGUGGAAGAGGCAAUGGAGAGACUGAAGAUCUGGCAGUUUACUGAAGUGGAGCUGGAUGAGGACAGGGAGGCCUUUGACCAGCUGAUGAAGGAUCUGGACCUACUGCACAGACAGAACAUGGCCCCAAAACCUAUACUUGAGAUGAGCCUUGUCUUGGCAAGGGAUGUGCUCAACCUUCACGACCGUUAUGAGGAUCUGAAGCCCACCUUCAAAACCUCUGAGUUCUGCAAGGCCACUCAUGAAGCCAACUUGGCUGAUUUUGCAAAACAGAAGACAGAACUGGACCAGAUGGUGGUGGGGUAUAAAGAAGCCAAAGCCACUGCGAACAAACUGGAGAAACAGAUUGCAGAGAUUCAAAAGCAACUGGCAGAGCGCCGGGAAGUGCAGCACAAGCUCGGGGCUGGAUUGAGCUCCAAGACUAAGGCCACUUUCCUUGUGCAGAACAUGGUUGCAGCUUCUAGGCCAGCCCUGGAGAUUGCAGAGGCUUCAAUUCAUCAGGGAGUGCUGCUCCAAAAAGAACUUUCUAUCAAGAAGACCAAUCUGCAAGAGACUCUCAGAAAAUUAGGAUUUUGA